UCGACUUCAUUCGAGGAAGUAGGUAGGAGAGGCAUCUCCAGCAACAAGAAAAGUGAGCUGUGCAUUCCCCGCUCGGAGAGGAUAAAACAGCCGCGCAGCCAUUUCAAAAUGUCGGAAUUUGAUAACAACCCGUUCGCACAGCCUGUCAACGACAACCCUUUCAACGAUCCUUCCGUCACACAAGUGACCCACUCCAGUGUGGAAACAGUUGACCAGUACAACCCUUUCCCUGGACAGUCCACAGAUGCCCUGGCGGCUCAUACGACCCCAGCUUCGACCUCUCCCUACCAGCCUGCUGUGUUACAGCCAUCUAUAGAGCCCAGUCCUCAGGCAACUGCUGCUGCAGCUCAGGCCAACCUGCUGAGGCAGCAGGAGGAGCUGGAGAGAAAAGCUGCUGAGCUGGACCGACGAGAGCAGGAGCUGCAGAGCAGAGGCCCGACAGGUAAAGAAAACAACUGGCCUCCACUCCCCAGAAAAUUCCCCAUCAAACCGUGUUUCUAUCAGGACUUCUCAGAGGAAAUCCCUCCAGAGUAUCAGAGAGUGUGCAAGAUGAUGUAUUAUCUCUGGAUGUUCAACUGCGUGACCCUGUUCCUCAAUCUGCUGGCUUGCCUGGCCUACUUCACCACUGAUGCGGCCUACGGUGUGGACUUCGGCCUCUCUAUCCUCUGGGUGAUCCUAUUCAGCCCCUGCUCCUUCCUCUGCUGGUACCGGCCCGUCUACAAGGCCUUCAAGACUGACAGCUCCUUCAGCUUCUUCUUCUUCUUCUUUGUGUUCUUCUGCCAAGUGGUGAUCUUCAUCAUCCAGGCUGUAGGUAUCCCCAAAUGGGGGAACAGCGGUUGGAUCACUGCCUUCACUGCCCUCGGAGGCUCAAACAAGGCCGUGGGAGCCAUCAUGAUCACGGUGGCCAUCCUCUUCACCGCCUGCGCCGUGCUGUCCGCCGUCCUGCUCAAGAUGGUCCACAGCAUGUACCGUCGUACCGGAGCCAGUUUCCAGAAGGCGCAGCAGGAAUUCUCGCAGGGCGUCUUCACCAAUAAAACCUUCCAGUCGGCCGCCACUGGUGCAGCCUCCUCCGCCGCCCAGGGAGCCUUCCAGGGGAACAACUAAUGGUAGAUUGAGCUGAGACGAGCUCCAUUUGACAGGUCAAGGUCUACGUCACCCGGCUCUGAGUGGGAAGUGAAAAGCAGUCGAGGCUCUUCAGUGUAAUGUGUGACUGUGUGUGUGUGUGUGUGUGUGUGUGGGGGGGGGGGGGGGGGGGGGGGGUACAGGCAUGCCUGUCUCAUACUGUCUAUUGAUAUGAGUGCAGUAUGCUUGUGUUUUUUUUUUUCCACACUGAUGGUGGAUGCUGAUCAUGUAAUAUAAAUAAGAUGUGUGAAGUGUUUCUGUUUGUCAUUGAUCAUUGGUCUUGAAAAACAUUUCUCUUUGGUUGUUGAAUUUGAAAACCCCCUUUUGUUUUUAUGAUUUUUUGUGCUGCAAAUGUCUUUCAAACGAGGAGGAACACAGAACAGAUGAAUCUGGUUGAUGGUAAUCCUUGUGGCCUUACAGUUUUGGAUAUGACUUACCGUAUAUAUUCAUUUAAUCCGGGAUCGUUUAUUAAAGUGAUCAAAAAUACAAAGAUAACUCCAGCAGCCUCCCCCAUAACUUUCAGAUUGUAAUAACAUGCUGUCCUUUAAAAAAAAACAAAAAACGUGCCUUCGACAUCUGUCUGGAACCAAAAUGUAACUUUGACAUGUUGUAAAAAAAACACUGGUAUCAUGAAAUCGGUGGGAGUUCUGUAUAGUAAGUCAUGAUGGUUUCUAAUCAAAGAUCAUGGCACAGUGUUAUUCCUCACUUACUGUCAUGCUUGUAAACGGCAAAUAUAAUUCCUUCUUUAAUUUAGAAUACAGCAGUGUUACAAUUCUGUUUCAAUUCAAAGCAAUCAUCUGAUGUUUUUUUGCAUUAUCAUUCUUGUAUUAAUGUUUUUUUGAAGCAGCUUCAACUACUUCUUAGAAGAGUGCCAUGCUCAAGAGUUGUUUCUCAGGAGACCAAAGCAUCGUCAAGUGUGAAAAAUGGAAAAUAUUGCCAAAUGAAAUUUACACCGAGUAGAUUUGAAACCAAUCGGAGACCUUCCCCCAUUCAUUUCAUCUCAACAACUCUAAAUGCAGGAGGAGGGACGACUUAUUUUUGUCACGCAUUCACAAUCUGCAACAGCAUAUUAAGCCGCCGCAAAUCAUUCGAAGUAAUCAGAAAGCAUCUCGGAGGUUCUCACAGAGCGUCUGAUUAGUAAUUCCUGCCAGUGCAGUCAGUGUGAGUUUACUGGAACACAUCCCAUAAUCAAGGUAUUGCAUUCUCACUUUACUCUGAUAGACUAUUUCACUUCUCAAAAGAAUUUCAAUCCACAAAAGUCUACCUGGAGACUCUCCCACCAAGCUCUAAAUGUAAUCAGAGUACUGAUGUAUAUUUUCUGUGUGAUUUCUUAUUUUGGAAUGUGUGUUUUAUUUGAUGUACUGUUUAAAGAUAACCAACAGCUUGGAUAUAAUAUAUGUCAGCGUUCCUGAAGGACGAAUGCAAACGCAGAUUGUUUGCGCGACGUUCUUGCUUCAGAUGCGCGUCUUAAUUUAAGGUCCCAUUAUAAAAUGCAGUGUUUGUAUUAAUUCACACACCUCUGUAUGCAUUGUAUUAUUAGGAGAACAGAAUCCAGUGCCUUUUGUAUUUCAAUGCUGACUAUAGCAUCUAAUAAAAAAUGCUUUGCUUUCAUUUAAA